UGCCCCCGCCGCAGGCGCUGGCGCCCCCCUCGCGGUGCCCGUGGUGAUGCCAUGCCCCGCCGCCACGCGGGAGGAGAGGAGGGCGGCGCCGCCGGGCUCUGGGUGAAGAGCGGCGCGGCGGCCGCGGCGGGCGGGGGGCGCCCGGGCAGCGGCAUGAAGGAUGUGGAGUCGGGCCGGGGCAGGGUGCUGCUGAACUCGGCGGCCGCCAGGGGCGACGGCCUGCUGCUGCUGGGCACCCGCGCGGCCGCGCUCGGCGGCGGCGGCCUGCGGGAGAGCCGCCGGGGCAAGCAGGGGGCCCGGAUGAGCCUGCUGGGGAAGCCGCUCUCGUACUCCAGCGGCCAGAGCUGCCGGCGCAACGUCAAGUACCGGCGGCUGCAGAACUACCUGUACAACGUGCUGGAGAGACCCCGCGGCUGGGCGUUCGUCUACCACGCGUUCGUUUUUCUCCUUGUCUUCGGUUGCUUGAUUUUGUCGGUGUUUUCCACCAUCCCUGAACAUACAAAAUUGGCCUCAAGUUGCCUCUUGAUUCUGGAGUUCGUGAUGAUCGUCGUCUUCGGUUUGGAGUUCAUCGUUCGCAUCUGGUCUGCGGGCUGCUGCUGCCGGUACAGAGGAUGGCAGGGAAGGCUGAGGUUCGCCCGGAAGCCCUUCUGUGUCAUAGAUACCAUUGUUCUUAUCGCUUCAAUAGCAGUUGUUUCUGCAAAAACUCAGGGUAACAUUUUUGCCACAUCGGCACUCAGAAGUCUCCGUUUCCUACAGAUCCUCCGUAUGGUGCGCAUGGACCGCAGGGGAGGCACCUGGAAAUUACUAGGUUCCGUAGUUUAUGCUCACAGCAAGGAAUUAAUCACAGCUUGGUACAUAGGAUUUCUGGUUCUUAUUUUUUCAUCUUUCCUUGUCUAUCUGGUGGAAAAGGAUGCCAAUAAAGAGUUUUCUACAUAUGCAGAUGCUCUCUGGUGGGGCACGAUUACAUUGACCACGAUUGGCUAUGGAGACAAAACGCCCCUGACCUGGCUGGGAAGGCUGCUUUCUGCAGGCUUCGCGCUGCUGGGCAUUUCUUUCUUUGCACUUCCUGCCGGCAUUCUUGGCUCAGGCUUUGCUUUAAAAGUACAAGAACAGCACCGCCAAAAACACUUUGAGAAAAGAAGAAAUCCCGCUGCCAACCUCAUUCAGUGUGUUUGGCGCAGUUACGCAGCCGAUGAGAAAUCUGUUUCCAUCGCCACCUGGAAGCCACAUCUGAAGGCCUUGCACACCUGCAGCCCGACCAAGAAAGAACAAGGGGAAGCAUCAAGCAGAAUUAUGAAAUUUCAUGUUGCGAAACGGAAGUUUAAGGAAACAUUACGCCCAUAUGAUGUAAAGGAUGUUAUUGAACAGUAUUCUGCUGGUCAUCUGGACAUGUUGUGUAGAAUUAAAAGCCUCCAAACACGUGUUGAUCAAAUCCUUGGAAAAGGGCAAAUCACAUCUGAUAAGAAGAGUCGAGAGAAAAUGCCAGCAGAACACGAGACCACAGAUGACCUCAGCAUGCUGGGCCGCGUGGUCAAGGUCGAAAAACAGGUUCAGUCCAUCGAGGCCAAGCUGGACUGCCUGCUCGACAUGUACCAGCAGGUCCUCCGGAAGGGCUCCGCCUCCGCCCUCACUCUGGCCUCCUUCCAGGUCCCACCCUUUGAAUGUGAACAGACAUCCGACUAUCACAGCCCCGUGGACAGCAAAGACCUGUCCAGUUCCGCACAGAACAGCGGCUGCUCGUCCAGGUCGGCCAGUGCCAACAUCUCUGGGGGCCUGCAGCUCAUUCUGACUCCAAACGAGUUCAGCGCUCAGACUUUCUAUGCGCUCAGCCCUACUAUGCACAGUCAAGCCACGCAGGUGCCGGUGAGUCAAAGUGACGGCUCAGCAGCGGGGGCCCCCAACAGCAUCGCAAACCAAAUACUCGCCGCCCCCAAGCCAGCAGCGCCAGUGACCUUACAGAUCCCGCCCCCUCUCCCGGCCAGCAAGCAGCUGCCGGGACCAGAGGCCCUGCACCCGAACCCCGCAGGCUUCCAGGAAAGCGUCUCCGAUGUCUCCACCUGCCUUGUGGCCUCCAAGGAAGGUGUCCGGGCCGCGCAGUCCAGUCUGGCCAAGGACCGCUCUCCAAGGAAAAGCUUCGACACAGGAGGAGAAACUCUGCUGUCCGUCCGCCCCGUGGUGCCCAGGGACUUGGGCAAGUCUCUGUCUGUACAAAACCUGAUCAGGUCGACAGAGGAACUGCAGGUGCAGCUUUCAGGGAGCGAAUCAAGUGGCUCCAGAGGCAGCCAGGAUUUUUACCCCAAGUGGAGGGAAUCCAAAUUGUUUAUAACUGAUGAAGAGGUGGGUCCUGAAGAGACCGAGACGGACACUUUCGAGGCAGAGCCGCAGGCGGCCAGGGCAGCCGCGUGUGCAUCGGACUCUCUGCGGCCCGGCAGGUCGCGGUCAUCUCAGAGCGUCUGUAAGGCCGGAGAAAGUGUAGAUGUCCUCAGCUUGCCGCCCGUCAAGCUGAAAUGAGUCCUUCGUUUUCCUUCUAGGCAUAGCGGUUC